AUGUUCCCUCAUCCGGGAACUCGGAUUGCUCAUCCCACCAAUGGCUGCCACCCGCCCUCGGGACGCGUCCUUGAAGCUUCAGCCAAUGAGAAAGCGAAGAAAAGGGCGGAGGGGCGGGCACUUCGCAGCUCGAAUCCCUAUUGGAGCGUGCAGAAGGAGGUGGGGGAGGGCGGAGGGAUUGGAACUGGGGAGAAGAAGGGCACGGCGGCGGGAGGGGAGAAACAGAGCGAGCUCUGCUGCGGGAGCUAG